GGUUGCAAUAACGUAGUGUUUUCUGCUAAAGGGAAAUAUCUAGCGUGUCACGUUGUGUUUGUGGGGUUUAAAAACUAGAGUCGAUGUGGUUACCUGCUAGCUUGAUGCUAAGCACCUGCGACACGAGCGCUUUACGGCAAACGCGCUUAUUAAAUAUUACUUUUGGAGUAAACCUUCAUCCUUAAGACACAUAAAAUAGAUGAUGGUAAAGCAAGCAGCAAGAUGGUGAUCACCUCAGUGGCCCUUCAGGAUCAUAUCAGGAGGAACCUGCUAGAACCCGACUUUUUACUUUCAGACCCGCUGCUGAAGUUCAGAAACAAAGUACCUUCAAAGCAGAGAGGGAACCAAAAGGAUGUCCAGAGAACAGACCUUCUAGAAGAGCGAGAAUAUGUGCUUGAUCCUCCUCCACCACCUCCAACAUUAGCUCAGAGGAUGGGUUUGGUGGCCCCGCCUCCAGGCAGGCUGAGCGAGGACCAGUGGAGACAGGUGAAGACCAGGUCGCUCCAGCAGCGGGAGUCUGAGCAGCCUUGUUCAAUAUGCAGGGAGGCGUUCUGUCUUCAGCCUCAGGUGCUGCUGUCCUGCUCCCACGUCUUCCACAAAGCAUGUCUGCAGGCCUUCGAGAGGUUUUCAGGAAGAAAAUGCUGCCCGAUGUGCAGGAGGGAGCGGUACGAGACACGUGUGAUCCACGAUGCCGCGCGUCUCUUUCGAAACCAGUGUGCUGCAAGAAUACAAGCGUGCUGGCGAGGCUACGUUGCAAGGAGGCGGUACCGGAAUAUUGAGAGAAGCGUCUGGCCAAAGGACAAGCGCCUGCGACAGAAAUUCUAUGAAGCAAAGCUGCAGGAGCUGAACGAGAGCUUGGUGAGACACUGCCAGACCAACACGGAGGCUUUUCUCAGCGAUAUCGAUCGCUUGCUGUCAUCGAGCCGGCGAGUGUUCCAGCAGCUGGAGAGAAAGUGCGUCUCUGAACCUCAGGAGGAUGACUGGGAGCGUAUACGCAGUCAGGUGGCCCAGCGGGGUACGGGUGAUUGUGCCAUCUGCCUAACGCCGCUGUGCGGGCUUGGCCUCGCCGCAGAGGCUGCAGGUUUCAGCCUCCAUCGAGGGAGGCGCUCGGUGCUGCUGUCUUGCUCGCACCUUUUCCACCAGCGCUGUUUGGACGCCUUUGAGGCCUUCGCUGUGGCUGGGAGAACCGCAUGCCCCCUCUGCAGAUCCACCUACCAUAAAAGGCUCAUCUAAAGCAGUUUUACCCAGGACUGUGGUGAAGUGGAAAAGCAGUGGAGUAAACCUGAGGCCAGCCCGUCCAGUGUUGUACAGUGGGAGAGCGGCAUAAUCGUGACCAUGUUGUUAUAUGAAACACAUUGUGGAAGAAACCAUUCCAUAUUACUAAUAAAAGAGCAUAAAGUACAUUGUUAAAAAAUUGCAGUACGGUUUGGUUUAUUUUCUUCCCUUUCCCUAAAUAUACGUCUUCCUGGCUUCAAUGACGAACCUGAAGUGCAGCGCUUGGCGGAAAGGCGACUAAAAAGAGGAACAGUGGUUGGUAGAAGCACAGCUGAGGGAGUGCAUGCUCCCAAGUCCACAUCAAGCUGACUGCAGCCCCCCUCACUCCUCCGUCUCCUCUUGGCUCCGUCCCAGCUCCCAUCCGAGGUCCGGGGAAUGGAAUGUCACGUGGCAAAAUGGCUCUCAGCCUCCAUUUGCAGCAUCCGCCAGACACCGCACGGCUUUAUUAAGUUCUUCUCCGAUCCCUUUCAGCUUUCAGCAGGCGGGCCGUCCUGUGGGCAUCUCCCUUGGCUGUGCUCAGGUGUGCGUCUGUGUUGAGCCAUCCAUCCUUUCAUAGAGUUUUCUGAUGCCCGUUGGCCGACAGCUUCCCAGAUUCAGGAUCCGUGGGGGUGUUGGACAGUUGUAGCUUAUCCAGACCUGGCCGGGCCGAGAUGAGACAUUUGGUGAGACACAAAAGCGUUGGCGUGUGUUUGCCAUGUAGCUUACCUAAGGCCUUGAGGAGCUCUUCUCGCACGGCGGAGGUGAACUUCCUGACGAGACAGAGCGUGGUCACAACGGCAAAGAGAAGGUUGUAUGAAAAGACGAUGUAGAAGUUUCCCAGCCAGUUGAAUCUCCCAAAAUCUCCCAACAGAUCAAACCUGGUGAUGCCUGUGGACGGCGUGGACGUUUGUUAGAAAUACAGAAGUGAAACCAUGCUACAGCAACAAGUAGGCUGGAAGACUGGGAAUGUUGGGAAUGUUGGGACGUCAUUCAUGAGCCUCUGCAGUACUUUGAAAUGGGCGAGUGGUUGGUGACUAAGCACUGCAGUCAUGCAGGAGGACUCAUCUCUCCACAAAGAUGAAGGUGUGGUUCUUCCUCUUUGACCCCGUUUCAACAUUGUGAUGGAUCUAGGCUCGUCCAAUCACAAGGGGACACCGUACGCUCUACUCAAGGAUGCUGUGGGUCAUCGUCCCGAUACAGAGAUGAGAGUGAAGGAGUCAUCCUGCCUCUCGUGUAACAUCUUGUGGUCAAAUGGAUUGGCCAAUCGAUCCCGUGUCUGCAAAGAUCUAUUUACAGCCACAGUAAGCACUUGGAAGGCAUCGAGGACCUUUAACAAAAUUGCCUGUGAAGAGACGCUGGGCCGCGAUGAUGGCGGACCCCAGUCGAUAGUGUGGUCAGCUUCUCAUGGUUAGCGCCAAUUGAUGGCUUCUUGAUUUUUAUCCACAUGGGAACGUCUGAUUGUGGAAUAGACAAGCUUCAGCAGAGGACAACACGUUGGUCCGCCACAGAAUCAACUUUCAUUGACCCGUGUCUCAAAUGGAAUACUUCCAGCAGUACAGUAUGUACACUGUGUACUUACUUCCAGAGGGUGUGUAUUUUUAUAGUGUAGGGCUGUCCCAAACGCAUUCAAGUAUCUGUCUGCGGCCCACGUUUGUGUCUCUUGCAAUUUCCCCCUUUUAGCACGUGAUGGGCUCUUCAUGAAUUGAUUGGCUGUGGAAGUGAAUACAUGCAAAUCAGCUCUUAUCAUUGGAUGGACAGUGUUUGUCAGUGUUGUGUUUUUGCACGUCACGUACAGAAUAAAUUACGAGUUGGGAUGGAUUUUAUUUUGUUUCGCAGGGAACGCCAGAUCAGCGUGUGAUUGUGCACGUGUGCGGUUUGGUGGGAUAUACAGUAUAUGUAUUAUUUGUGGUGAUAUGGAAUCAAUAUCGGUAUCACAUUGGAAGUGAAAACGUUGUAUGGGGACACCCGUAGCACGUAUGCACCAAUGUUCACCAAUGGAGAUGGCAUGACCAAUGCAUGUUAACAGGCAGAAUGCAGUGUAACCGAUGGUAAGCUAAGCUAGCUGAUGUUCCCCUACAGUCCAGAUGGAAAUAAUAGCAUUAGUGCUAAGUUGUAAGGUCAAGCAAUUUUGUCCAUGCACGUUUCCCAAACAGACGCACAAAGACAUGAAAAUCCCCAUUUGUAUUUUUACUUUUUUUGCACUCAGUUAUUCCUUUUCAUCUAUUCAGCGUCACAAAGCAGAACCUGUUGAUAGUUAGUAAAGCUUCCAGUGAGUCACUGUAUGCGCGCACACACACACACACACACACACACACACACACACACACACACACACACACACACCAUAGAGUGAUGCUAUUUGAACAGCUGUGCUCUAUACUCUGCAUGUUUAU